UUGAUGUAACAGCAGCCGGCAAAGAAACCUGAGCAUUUAAUGUAAAAGAGUAAAUAAAAAGCUAUAAUCAACGUACAUGCGAUGCAAAUUCGUCGUCCGCGAGGUGUUACAGUUCCACAGUUGAUGGUGGUCACGGCAAUUGGGGUGCUGGGCGGUAUUUACAUUUGGCAGCCACUGAUUUUGAAGUACAAAAACGAUAAGAAAACCGAGGCUGAACCAGCAGCACCAGCUGAAACUAGUAGUCCAAGUCCAAAAAAAUGAGUUUCAUUAACAAUCUCAAGAGAUUCGCCACCACGACUGUCGGUCUAAUGGCCAUUGGCAUCGGAUCCACGGUCCUCAUCUACACCACCCAUCGUUUAGUCAUCAAGCCCCAUCUUCUCCAGAAACGCCGCCUGGAAGCCGAGGCCUGUGCGGAGUACCUCUUCCAGCAGGAGGGCCACUCGCCGAUCGCCACAUCGAGACCCAAGCAGAGCGAAUAUUAAGCGAGGGAUGCCAGCGGUUCUUUGGACAUCUUUACAUACCUCUAGCCUAGUGAUUAGUUACCAAAUUUCAACGCUGUAACCAUGGUGAACAAUGGAAUUUUACUUUCAUACCUUCAGUUUGGGUGGAGAGACCCAUAUUCUUAUGUUCAUUUUAGAGUAAUCAACAACGCCUAUGUUAAAUCCAAUGGAAUUUUUAUGGAAGCAAUAUGAAUUGAAUAAAUAAUGAAAAGCACAA